CUUGAAAUUCAUAAUGGUUGAGCAGAAAGUUAUCGGUGUUGUUGCUUCAUCCUCUUACUCUCCUUCAGUGUUAUCUUCUAAAAGAUAUGAUGUGUUUCUAAGCUUUCGAGGUGAGGACACCCGCAAAAAAUUCACAAGCCAUCUUUAUGAUGCUUUGAAGCAAAAGAAGGUUGAAACCUUUAUCGACAAUCGUCUUGAAAAGGGAGAGGAGAUCUCAACAACACUAAUCCAAGUAAUUGAAGAUUCUCAUAUAUCUAUUGUCAUCUUCUCAGAGAACUAUGCUUCCUCAAAGUGGUGCUUGGGUGAACUCAGCAAGAUUAUGGAAUGUAAGAAAGAAAGAGGACAGAUUGUGAUACCAGUGUUCUAUGACAUAGAUCCAUCCCAUGUAAGGAAGCAGACAGGAAGCUAUGAGAAAUUAUUUGUAACACAUAAGGGAGAACCCAUGUGCAACAAAUGGAAAGCUGCUCUCACUGAAGCAGCCAAUUUAACUGCAUGGGACUCUCGGACAUACAGGGUUGAAUCUGAACUCCUUAAGGAUAUUGUUGAAGAUGUUUUGCAAAAAUUGGCUCCUAUAUACCCAAACUGGCACAAAGGAUUGGUUGGAAUUGAGGAAAACUAUGAAAAGAUUGAGUCAUUGCUAAAAGUAGGGUCAAAUGAAGUUAAAAUCUUGGGAAUAUGGGGCAUGGGUGGAAUAGGUAAAACCACCCUUGCUUGUGCUCUAUAUGACAAACUAUCUCACGAGUUUGAAGGUCACUGCUUCCUUGAAAAUGUAAGGGAAGAAUCAGACAAGCAUGGAGUCAAAGCCUUACGUAAUAAGCUUUUUUCUGAGUUGUUAGGGAAUAAAAAUCAUUGUUUUGAUGUAGCCUUUUCAGUAACCAAGUUUGUUUUGAGUAGGCUAGGACGCAAAAAAGUUUUCAUAGUCUUGGAUGAUGUGGCUACCUCUGAGCAAUUAGAAAAUCUAAUUGAAUAUUUUGAUUUCAUGGGACUCGGAAGUAGAGUCGUUGUUACAAGUAGAAACAAGCAAAUAUUUAGCCAAGUUGAUAAAAUAUAUGAAGUCAAGGAAUUGAGCUUUCAUCACUCCCUUCAACUUUUCAGUUUGACUGUUUUUAGAGAAAAACAACCUAAAUAUGGAUACGAAGAUCUAUCAAGAAGUGCAACCUCCUAUUGCAAAGGUGUUCCUUUGGCUUUGAAAGUUCUUGGUGCAAGUCUUCGUUCAAGAAGUAAGGGAGCAUGGGAAUGUGAAUUGAGAAAACUCCAAAAGUUUCCAAAUAUGAAAAUUCACACUGUCUUAAAAUUAAGUUAUGAUGACUUAGAUCACUCUCAGAAGGACAUAUUUCUAGACAUUGCAUGCUUCUUUAGAGGGAACCAGAGAGAUCAUGUGACAAACAUGUUGGAAGCUUUUGAUUUUUCUGCAAUAUCUGGGAUAGAAGUGCUUCUGGAUAGAGCUCUGAUAACAAUUUCAGGGGGCAAUCGACUAGAAAUGCAUGACUUGAUACAAGAAAUGGGUUGGGAAAUUGUUCAUCAAGAAUGUGUCAAAGACCCUGGAAGACGAAGUCGGUUGUGGAAACAUGAGGAAGUGCAUGAAGUCUUCAAAUACAACAAGGGAACUGAUAUUGUUGAAGGCAUAAUUUUAGAUUUGUCCAAAUUAAUUGAGGAUAUCUAUUUGAGUUCUGAUUUCCUUGCAAAGAUGACUAACGUGAGAUUUUUCAAAAUCCAUAGUUGGAGCAAGUUUAACAUAUUUAAUGUGUAUCUUCCUAAUGGUCUUAAUACUGUGUCUCAUAAAAUGAGGUACCUUCAUUGGGAUGGAUUCUGUCUUGAGUCUUUGCCAGCUAACUUCUCUGCUGAAAAACUUGUGGAGCUUUGCAUGCGUUGUAGCAAGCUUAAAAAGCUUUGGGAUGGUGUUCAGAACCUUGUGAAUUUGAAGACUAUUGACCUGUGGGGAUCCCGAGACUUGAUUGAGAUUCCAGACUUAUCCUUGGCAGAAAAACUUGAAAAUGUUUCUCUUUGCUAUUGUGAAAGCUUGCAUGAGGUCCAUGUCCAUUCAAAAUCUCUUCGUGUACUGAACCUCUAUGGUUGUUCAUCACUAAGAAAAUUUUCAGUGACAUCAGAGGAAUUGACAAGAUUGAGCUUAGCUUUCACUUCUAUAUGUUCAAUACCAUCAUCAAUUUGGCACAAAAGGAAGCUCAAAGCUCUUUAUCUAACGGGUUGUCGCAAUCUCGGCGAGUUAACUGAUGAACCAAUAAUUCAUGGCUCUCACAAGCACUCCCUCACAGAAUUGGCAUCUAAUGCUGAGAGAUUUUCCAUGAAGAACAUCAAAAGCCUUUCAACAUUGAGAAUGCUUUGGUUAGAUGAUUGUAAGAAACUUGUGUCUUUGCCUAAGCUUCCACCAUCCCUUGAGAAGUUGAGUGCUUGUAACUGCACUUCUCUAGACUCAUACAUGACUCAACGUCUAGUGUUGCAACACAUGUUGCAGAGUCGCAUACCCUACUUACGCAAGAACGAUCUAAGAUGUUAUGAGGAAGAGUAUUUAUUUCCAGGAAACCAUGUGAUUGAUGAAUGUGUGUUUAACAGAACAGGGACUUCAAUAACUAUUCCUUAUCUUUGGAAAACUGAAUUGUAUGGUUUCAUUUAUUUCAUCAUUCUCUCUAAGGGAUCACUCUUGCAGUCUGGUGUUUCGUGUUCUGUUUAUCAAGAUGGCAUAAGGGUUGGUUGGCUCCAGAGAUUGUUGGAAUACGAAAGUUUAACUUCGAAUCACGUGCUAUGUAUGUAUCAUGACAUUACUGAAUUUGAUGCAAUAACUGAAGACGGGCAUGGCCAUUUCUUCAGCAACGUAACAUUUAUUUUUGAAAAUAGUGAAGCAAGCAUACAAGAGUUUGGCAUCUUUCCCAUAUAUGGCUCAGAAUCAGGGUUGAAGCUGGUUGGGAGCAGAUAAAUUUGAGUCGAAAUUCAUUGAUUCUGAAGUAUAUAUUUACCAAAAUUCUACUUUGAGUAAUAUGAAGAAGGAAAAUGUUGAAAACUACUGUAGAAAUAAUGAAGAAUGGAUAGUUGUUCAAUAAACCUCUUAUAUGUUGUUGUGUGCUAUGAAUGAAUUUGCAAUUUUCGUCACAAAAAUUGUAUGAAGGACUGUAAAUUUUGACAAUAUUGUUUGUAAUUUUGUCCGAAGAGUUGAAAAACAAGUUUGCAGUUAUUAUGAGAAAAACUAUAUGAG